ACUUACAAUUUCAGAGCAAAACUUAAAUAUUCCACAUUCGUGUUGUCCCCAAAAUUCGAAGCGAGAACUGCUGCCGGCCAGCAGGAAAGAUUGAUAUUUUAUAAAGAAAUUUUAACAGCUUAAUGGACAGCUGCCAGGAAUCGAAUGAACACUUGGGCCAAUCCACAUCCAUUAUGUGGAGCGAGGAGGACUCUGCGGUCACCCAUGGCCUCCUUCCUGUGCGGAGCGAACAUGUAUCCUUGUCCAAGGCUGUCAAGGCUACUAACUGCAAGGAUCCUUUAAACAAGAAAAUCAGAGCCAGCGAGAACUGGCAGCUGCUCCUGCGCAAACUGAACGAAAAGAAGGCCAGCCUUCCAAUGGAGGAGCCCAGCAGCAAAACGAUUAUGGGGAAUACAGUUCAAGAAAGCAAACCGCCCUUGGACACUGAGCUGCCGAAACUCAAGGAGCCAAGUUCUAAGGAACGUGCUGUCAAUCACUGGCGUCGAAUGUGCAGCGAAAUAAACAAGAGGGAAAGGGAGGCUGCCGCGGAGAAGGAGGAAGCCAGCCAGGCUUUAUGCUGUAAGCCUUCCAACAAAUCGCUGAAGUACAAGCGGUCCAAGGAUCUCGGAUCGGACCGAGUGCCAAGCACUUCCUCCGGUUCGACAUCCAGCAAAGUUGUCUCGGACCUGAAACGGGAGUCCUUUAGCCUCCCACCGCAGCAGUCGUGUGUGCUGCGAGAGGAGCCGCCAAAGUUCGCUCAGGGUAUAGUCAAAGAUGGGGAUUGGUGCUGCUCCGGCGAACAGGAAGUCCAUAAAAACAGCCAGGGGCUUAAUCAGGACACCAAUUCUUCGCAACAGCAAAACGGACUGAUCAGUGUUGAUAUCUCACCGGACUCCAGCUCUUCAUUUACGGAAGCGAAGCGUCGGAACACAUCCCAGAUCAAGCGCCGCAGAACCACCAGUACAGAUGAAGUCUCAACUACAGCUACGAAAAGCAAAAAGUCCCUCAGCCUCAGCAGCGGAAGCGCAGGUCAACAUUUCCCCAACUUCCGGCAACGGCAGCAGGAGCUACAUCGCUAUCGCGUUCUCAUCGAGCAGCGGCGCCUGGAUCUCCUCGAGCUCAGGAUCGCCCGCGAAAGGGAGGAGGCAAAGCAAUACAUGAUUUUGUUCCAAAAGAAAAUGCAGAUCAAGGAGUGCAAGAUUCGAGCGAACGAGGCUUAUGACCGCUCGAACGUUUAAGAAUUACUCACUUUGCAGCCACUAAAUCCAUGGUCACCCAUUAUUCAAUAAUUUUUACCAAAUUUUAUCAACACUUCUGAGCAAAUAAAAAUAACUGUAUAAAUUCAAAACUAA